AGGACGUAUAGAGGCGGAAGAGCAGAAUUCAGUCAUGAGACGCAAAUACUGAUGUUUUUGUGGUUUUGCAGUAAUAAAACUACAUUCCGCGAGGUUGGAAACCUUUUUAAUAUGUCGCUUUGAAGCGUGCAUAAAAUUUUUAAUCUUUAUGUUUGACGAAGUUGCUCCAAACGGGAUUGGUUUUCCAAUAGAUGCUGCUGGAAAAGAAGAAAUUGGCAGUGAAUUCAAGCGCAUUUGUGGAUUCCCAAAUGUUUUGGGCUGCAUUGAUGCCAGCUAUAUAGCGGUGAGAACUCCAAAGCACAAAAUCAGAUCCACAUACAUAAAUAGGCACGAUUCGAUAUCUAUAACUAUGCAAGGUAUUUGUGAUGCGAAUUUGCGGUUUUUGGACGUUUUUACCGGAGUUCCGAGUAAAAUGCACGACUCUCGUUUGCUAAAGCUGUCGUUUAUUGGUAAGGAGCUGGGUAAAUUGUGCUCGCCCGAUCUCCUUGGAGAUUCCGCUUAUCCACUCCGCACUUAUCUAUUAACGCCCUACCGAGACUAUGGGAAUCUGACCGAGACUGAAAGAAAAUACAAUUACAAGUUUUUUCAAACACGUGUAAAGAUUGAAAAUGCAUUUGGAUUGUUAAAGUGCCGCUUUCGGCAGAUUAUGAGACUAGAUUUUCACGUUGAGCCAAUGGGUAAAUUCAUAGUUGCAUGCAUCAAUAAAAAUUACAUUUUCGAAGAACAAUUGGAAUACAUUGAACAUAGUUCUAAUCAAACGCAUAUUUUGGCAGAGGAUGUUAAUGAGGCCGUGCUAAGUACUGGCCAGCUCGCACAUUGCCGUGCGGUAACCCCGAAGCGCAAUAGCAGCGGCUGCCAAGCAACGACCACACCGCCUAACAACAACAACAAGGCGACCCCAUUAAGGGUGCCACACAGCAGCGACAACAUCGGCUGCCACAGUAGCAGCCGCAGUACCCAGCAACAACAACAACGCCCAGUAACGACAGGGCCCAUACCACUGGCCUGCCGCAACAAGAAUAACUGCUGCCACAGCAAAAACAACAACCACCAGAAACGACGACAACAACCGGCUACAACAACAACAGCAGUGCCCCACCAAGGUCUGCUGCAACAAAGGUCUAUGAAAUACAAUAUUUUUACAGACUAUAGGCAAACUGAAAGUUAUUACUAA